UAUAUAUAAAAAUUUGAAUAAUGUUAAUGAUAAUAUAAUCUUCUUUUUUUGUCUUUUGUUUCUUAAUUGUAAUUAAUCAUUAAAAUCAUAUAAUUAUUAUCAUCAAAAAAAAAAAUAAGAAGAAGUUGGUGUAUCCUCGAUAACUGUUCAUUGAACCAUUUCAAAGCAAAUCAAUUGCUUUGUUUGAUAACAGUUAAUUUGUGUGUCAAUAAACUCCCAUUUUGUUUUAUUGGUUGGAUAUGAUUGAUUUGAGUUGAAUCCAAAACAAAAAAAAAACUAAAGAAAAAAGAGGGAUAGAAAGAACGAAAAAAAAAUGGAUCAAAAUUUGAUUGAAAUGAAUCAAAAAAUUCAAAUUAGCAAAAAUGAUGAUGAAAAUUUUGUAAAUUUAAAUGUAAAUUUGGAUCAAGUAGCCGAAUUAAGUUGGCAUCAAAUAUCGGUAUGGGCACGAACGGAACAUCGAUCAUGUUUUCGUCGACGUAUAUCAUCAACACAGAUAUUAGAUUCAGUAUCAGGAAAUGUUAAACCUGGACAAUUGUUGGCAAUUAUGGGUCCAAGUGGUUCGGGUAAAACAACAUUAUUAAAUCGAUUAACCGGACGAAAUCUUAGUCAAUAUAAUUAUGAAGGUAUUGUUCUAAUAAAUGGACAACAUGCACAAAUUGAUACAAUUAAAUCAAUAUCUGGCUAUGUACAACAAGGUGAUUUAUUUGUUCCGAUGCUUACUGUUAGAGAAUAUCUUGUAUUUAUGUCAUUAGUAAGAAUGGAUCGUAGAAAAUUUUCAGAUCAUGAACGAAAAUGUCGUAUCGAUGAAAUUAUUAUGGAGUUAGAAUUAACAAAUUGUUGCGAUUCUCGUAUCGGUAAUCGUUAUGAUGAUAUUAUUGGUUCAGGAAUUUCCACUGGAGAAUGUCGUCGACUUUCAUUUGCAGCUGAGAUGUUAACCAAUCCAUCAUUGUUAUUCUGUGAUGAACCUACCUCAGGAUUAGAUUCUUAUUUAGCUGAAAGUGUUAUAAAAAUUUUGAAAAAAAUGUCACAAUCUGGUCGUACAAUUAUCUGUACAAUACAUCAACCAUCAUCUGAAGUAUUCAUUUUGUUCGAUAAAAUAUCAUUGCUUACACAAGGAAAAUUAGCAUUCAUUGGAAGUUCAGGUGAAGCUAAUGAAUUUUUUCAAUCACUUGGUUUCAAUUGUCCACUGAAUUUUAAUCCAGCUGAUUAUUAUCUACGACAAAUAUCUAUUAUACCUGGAUCAAAAGAUGAAUGUCUACAGCGGAUUAAUCGUAUUUGUCAUGAAUUUAAAGAACGUAAUGAAAAUAAUGAAUUAAAAAAUGGAAAUCAUUUAGUUGAAGAAUCAACAGCCACCGAUAUGAUAAUUGAUAAACAAAAAUCUAAAUCAUCAUCAUCAUCAUCAACAACAAUAAUUUAUAAAGCAUCAUGGUUUGAACAAUUUAAUGCAUUAUUAUGGCGUUCAUUCGUAUCGAAUAUUCGUGAACCAAUGAUAACUCGGAUAAAAUUUUCACAAACAUUAACUGUUGCAUUAUUAUUGGGUAUUGUUUAUUGGCAACAAAAAUUAGAUCAAAAAGGAAUAAUGAAUAUUAAUGGUGCUAUAUUUAUAUUGAUUAUCAAUCUAACAUUUAUGAAUGUUUUUUCCGUUAUAAAUACAUUUUGUAGUGAAUUGCCAAUAUUUUUACGUGAAUAUAAUAAUGGAAUGUAUCGUGUUGAUGCAUAUUUUUUAGCUAAAAUGUUUUCCGAAUUACCAUAUCAGAUAAUAUUUCCAACAAUAUUAGUUUCAUUAUUAUAUUAUAUGAUUGGUUUUUAUGAUUCAUUUAGUUCAUUUUUAAUGUUUAUUUUUAUAUCAAAUUUGAUUGCAAAUUGUGGAAUUUCAUUUGGCUAUAUGAUCUCAUGUUUAUCAUCAUCAACAAAAAUGGCAAUUGCAUUAUCAUCACCAUUAAUAUUACCAUUAUUAUUGUUUGGUGGUUUUUUCAUUAACAAUAGUACAAUACCAAUAUAUUUUAAAUUAUUUAAAUAUAUUUCAUGGUUUUAUUAUGGUAAUGAAGCAUUGAUUAUAACACAAUGGAUUAAUAUUGAUAAUAUUACCUGUUCAACGACGACAACAAUGAUUAAUGAAACAAACAAUAAUUUCCAUCAUGAUGAUGGUGAACAACGUUGUCUAACAAAAGGAAUUUCCGUAAUUGAAGAAUUAAGUUUUGAUCCAAACAAUCUUUUUAUCGACAUUUUAGCAUUAAUAAUAUUGAUUAUUGUAAUGCGUUUUUUAGCAUACAUUUGUUUAUCAUUAAAAUCAAAGAUAAGAUAAUUUAAUUUAAUUCAAUUUUUUUUUG